AUGCAAACUCCAGGAAAAGUGAUGGUGACGCCACUUUCUUCGUCGUCUAUGGCUGUUCGCAUGGAGGCACCAACUGAUGCCACAGGAAUCGGCCGCUACGAGGUGACAGUUGAUGGAGUGUAUCCAACGCCAUUCUGCACAAUACUGCGUGGAGAUCAGCUGGAGUGUCAUGUGGAAGGUCUGCAAUCAGCCACCGAGCACAUGGUGACAGCGAGGACUUGUAUCAGCGACACGGACCCGGCUGUGUGCAGUAAUAUACUGACGGCAUCGGGAUGGACAAAGCCGAUGGCACCGGCGAACGUGACGGUGACGACAAUUUCUGACUCGUCGGUGGAUGUGAGCGUGCAGGCGACUCCUGAUUUGGCGCGAAUUAGCCGUUACAAGGUGUCCAUCGCUGAAGGCAGGGCGACCGAAUCCUGCACAAUACCACCGGGAGAGAAGCUUAAGUGCCGACUGAAGGGCCUACAAUCAUCUAGCAAGUACGAGGUGAUUGUGAGAGCCUGUGUUCACACCACAGGUCCGGACGUUUGCAGUGACGACGUGAUGGUGACUGUAUGGACGAAGAUAAGUUUGAGCCCCGGUAACCUUGCUCUUAUCAUCACCUGGACUGCAAUUUCUCUGGUGGCCAUUAUUUUGCUUGUUGUCUUCUUCCUAAAACGAAAGCUAAACCGCCGCGAUAGCAAACCCUCAAAGAACAGCAUUGAGUUCAGUGUAUUCCACGGGGACAAAGUGGAGUUUACUUCUUCCUCUUCUUCCGAAAUUGUGGGACAAGGUCCCAUAGAUUUCGCCGAUUUCCAAAAGGUUUCAUCGUGGCUUGAUGACACCGACGCCUGGAAUCAGCUGUUUAGAUUGUUGAGGGCUGCUUCAGAGGAACAGGAACAAGCAUUUGGUCUAACCCAAACCACAGCGCGGCUCCAUCGAAGUCUCAACCGUUAUGUCGAUAUGCUACCAUAUGAUCAGUCAAGGGUAAUUUUGGGUCAGAAAUGGCAAAUACCGUUGAUGCCUCCUGAUCCCGCAGCCGUGAACGGUCAUGACGCAGCCUCCUACAUCAACGCCUCAUAUGUGAGGAGACCCGCCUACACGGAGACAGGCGCUGCCGUGACGUCGAGUCAGGACACCCAACCGGAGUACAUCGCAGCCCAGGGUCCACUGCCUCACACCGUCGCGGACUUCCUCACGAUGAUCUACGAACAGAGGUGUCCCCACAUCGUCAUGCUUUGCAAUACUACAGAAGGUAACAAACUGAAAUGCGCCAGGUACUGGCCAGAAGUGGACACUGAAGAAUUCGCGUCGGAGUGCCACAGUGUCACCGUGACCAAACUAGACGAAGAGGCGAAGCCUAACUUUGUCUUUCGCAAAUUCAGCAUUCUGCCCUCCAACGAGAACGACCCAUGGACGGUUAGACAGAUCCACUUCACACUCUGCAAUGCCAGUGAAGUUCCUUCAGCUGAUUGGACGUAUUCACUCAUUCUGACUCAUCUGUCGUUGUUGGAGCAAAUAUCGGUUUGCGACUACGGACCCCCAGUUGUGCACUGCAGCGCUGGUGUGGGUAGAACGGGGACAUUUAUUUGUGCUCGCUACCUACUCGAGCGACUGCGCAAGGACCCCUCGACAAUCGAUGUGUUUGGUACCGCGCUGGCGAUUCGACGCUGGCGCAAAAGUUGUGUUCAAACAGCGGUGAGCGGACUUUGGGAUUAUCUCUUAUUUUGUUUUUCUGGGAGUUUUUCAGGUUUUAAGUCUUUGUGUUGA